GAUAAUGUUGCGAUUAUGGCGUCAGUCUGGCACACACGUACGAACGUUUGGUGUCGCUUCCGAUGAACGCGGUUUGGUUAUUUGAUGUUAUUUGUGUUAUGUUCUGACUGUUGUGGGACAGCGGCAGUAAGCUGGAGAACGCCACAGCGCCAUGACUUCCGACGCUGCUCAAAAUAAAAGCUCUUUAAUUCCACUGGCGACAUGAUCGUAAACAUCCACAUUCUGUACGGAGAAAUCAGCUACAACACCGAACUGAACCAAACGUCGUCUGUCUGUGCUCUACACGAAGAAGUUUAACAAAAAUUUGUGCAGUCUUCAUCGUCAUUUUAGCCAUUACUAUUACUAAUCUUGAAGUCAUUCUGGAGUCAACAACGCCGAGUCUGCGCUACCCCACAGUCCCAGAGGAUGCAUAGGCCUAUAGUCUGGAGCUGUCCAUAAUUAACCUUUUAUUGCAGUUUUUAAGAUGGACUGUUUCAACCAUUUGGUGGACUUCCAGGACCCUGUCCAUAUCCCGGGGAUCCCAUCUAUGUGAAGCUACCCACGCCAGUCUGUUCUAUACCGUGGACCAUGGACAGCCCCCCAAAGCUGUCUGGCGAGACCCUCAUAGUCCACCACAUCCCACUGAUGCAUUGCCAGGUGUCAGGGGGUCACAAAGGGGGCUGUACACGGUCCCUUCUGAGAGACGCUCCCUUUAUUCCUCCUGAGAACCUGGGCCUGAGCCGCACCACCUCGCUCCCUGAGAGAGACCUUCUUCAUGGGGAGGCACUGCUCUACAGCAGCCUGUUCCCGACCUCCAAUGGAACCUGGGUCUCCCACCACAAAACUGAGCGCAAGAGUACUAGAGGGGACAGCAUGGCCAGUGACUCCUCCUCCUUCACCUCCAGUAACUCAGAGGAUCAGAUCACAGCUCACACUCUGCCCAGAGUGAAGAGCCGUCAGAGGCCCAUGCUGCGCCACAACCCCUUCUUCUGCAGGCCUGACGGUGAGGAGGAUGAGGGAGAUGGACUGAACGGGUACCAGGAGGACUGCUCCUUUGAGCUCCAUGGAGACACCACAGACUUCCACAGUUACUCCUCUGAGCCCUUCCAUCUGCACAGCUCUAGGGGUCCCGUGCUCUCACCCCUGGAGCCACAGCGCCCUCUCAGCAGCGGCUCAAAUGUAUCCAUGGACUGUGGAGAGCACGAUUGGGCCGAUGACGAGGAGGACGAGGAGCACAUAAUACCUCAUGGCUGUGGGCGACACUGUGAGAGCCAGGCCUAUGGCAGUGACUCCUCCUGCAACAGCUCUGACGGAGUCCUGGUCAACUUCAGUGCCAUCUACAGCAAACUGAACAAUGCCGUCCCAGAGCAGCCACAGUGGUGUGGGGACACUAACCAGAACAGGCUCCCUGACCUUUCAGGGGACAGUGGGACCUUUUACCUGGACCUCCACUGCUCCCCCACAGAGCCCACACGACCACAGCUUUUUCCUCUGCUGCGAGAGCCCCUUCUGUCCACUUCAUCCUCCUGCUCAGCUGAGCACCAGGCCUUUGAUCUGGAUGCUAACUGUAACUCGUGCCCCCCCUCAGGCCACUCAGACCGGGCUCCCUGUGUGCAGAGUCAGGCCCCCUGUGUGCAGAGCCAGGCGCGGCUGGUAGUGGCCACUCAAAACUAUUACAAACUGGUGACAUGUGACCUGCCCCAAUCCUCCCCCAGCCCUGCCCCCUCCAGCACCAACAGCUCGGACGAACAGAGCCGCGGCAGUCCCACACCCAGCCAGCCCCACCAGCCCAACCACUAUUACCUGUUCAGACAGCAGCCUCUGGGCCUGGAGGAAGAGGAGGCAGAGGAGGAAGAGCAGGAGAACGCUCAGGAGGAAACUGAGGAGGAGGAGCAGGAUGGUGCUGGUGUGGAGGGACAGCUCUAUGUGAACAAGGCUCCUCGCCGUGCAGGAGAGGGACGCCCACGCUCCCGCAGCUAUGACCGUAGCCUGGACGUGUGCCAGGGCCCACCAUUGGCUUCUCUGGAGAGGAUGCUGAGCUGUCCCAUGAGACUGAGUGAGGGCGGGGCUCCAGCACAGACUCCGCCCCCCAGAGUGACAUCGUUUGCAGAGAUCGCCCGCAGCAAACGUCGCGCUGGAGCUGUGCUUCACUCUCCCUCUGCCAAGUCUCUGACCGAGCCCUGCCAUGCCACUGCCUCCUCACACUACUCUGCUGACCACUUCCCCAUCCAAGAGCACAGUCUGGAGCUGGAGGCCCACCCUCACAGUCAGGGGCCCGCUACUCUUACCAAUGAGGGGCCUCAUGCACAGCACAUGGUUCAAGGUGCAGAGUCCUCAUUGGUUCGCUACAGUAAGGAGCAGCGGCCCACCACUCUGCCCAUCCAGCCCUUCACCUUUCAGCACCAGUUUUCGAACAAAGCUCCACGGGCCCUGGUGCCUAUGCUGCCUGUGCCAUUGGGCCACAUGGCGGGAGUCCACUCCAGCUCAGGCUCUGGCUCAGACUCUGGAGGGGAGCGAGAAGAUGACAUGUUUGUGUCUGCUGCAGCGUACCCUCCCCUCCGGCAGCGGGGCCCCUCAGUGGCUCCCCCUGAUGGAUCGGUGCGGCCCUCCCCACUUGGCAGUUACUCUCCUGCGCAGUUAGCAGGGACUCAGCGCUCUGUCACCUCCCAAUGCUCUGCACCUUUGGAAAGGGCCCCCCAGCAGAGCCCUGUCCUGGUGAAGCAAGGCCCCUCAACCCCUCCUCCAUCCUCACUGGCAGCCAAGAGAGGAGCUGUGCUCCCCACACUGUCCACCCUACAGGGACAAGUCCUCCAGCCGGCAGACACGCUCAGCCCCCUGGGCCACGAAGAGUCCACUGGGCUCAGAGGCACCCCGGCCCGCUGUCAUGCACACCACCUCUCUCCUCAGGCGCUCAAAUGGAGAGAGUACCGGCGAAGGAACCCCCUGGCCCCUGGGGGCCCAGCGCAGAGACCAGUCCGACACAACGUAUUUGACUUCCCUCCAGCACACGUCCAGGACAGGCGCAACGACUGUGGCUUGGAUUAUCUGGGUUUGACAGAGAAACCUCCUGAGGAGUUCUGCUUGUCUCCGGACACAUCAUCUCACUGCAGCUCCCAGCCUCACCUGUCUGUGGAUCUGCUGCACAAGAAAGGUUUGGUGAAGGCGGUGAACACAGCUGUAGACCUGAUUGUGGCACACUUCGGCACCACACGGAACCCAGAUGUUAAGAGCAAACUGGGCAACAGCUGGGUAAGUCCAAACGUGGGCCACCUGAUCCUUAAGUACCUGUGCCCAGCCCUCCACAGUGUGCUGCAGGACGGACUCAAGCCCUACGUGAGGGACCUGAUCAUCGGGCAGAGGCGCUGUGGGCCCUGGAGCCUGGUGGAGGCCUCUACACAACCAGGUCCAUCCACCCGCCUGCUCCACAGCCUCUUCUGUAAGAUCAGCCAGUACUCAGAGCUCACCUCUCCCUCCAUGAGACUCAACGCCUUCAUCAUGGGCCUGCUCAAUCUCAAGUCCCUGGAGUUGUGGUUCAGUGUGCUGCACACACAUGAAGACAUGACUGCAGCGCACUACCAGCCUUGGGGCUUCCUGGCACUGUCCCAGGGGCCAUGCCGGGCCCUGUUUGAGGAGCUGUUGUUGCUGCUGCAGCCUCUGGCUCUGCUGCCCUUUGACUUGGACUUGCUGUUUGAGCCCCGCCUCCUGCAGAAGGGGAGGGAGCACCUGCGCCGUAAAGAGCUGCUCUGCGGCAACACUCACAGCCUCCAACAAUCAGAGCGCUCCACCUUCCAGCUUAUGAGGGGACGGAGCUCUUCCCCAUGUGGGCGUGGCCAAGCUAGAGGUGAGGGCGAGGCAGAUCCUGCAGCUGAACCCCUGGGCACUAUCAGAGGAGGAAGUACCUGCCACAAGGCCAAGGAGGGGGGCCAGUCAGGCUGGUGGUAUCAGCUCAUGCAGUCCUCCCAGGUCUACAUCGAUCAGUCCACACAGGGCUCCAAGUUCACCAAAGCAGAGAGAAGGAAGCGAUCUGCUGAGAGACAGGCCCCACCCACCAGAGAGGGGGUGGUGGAAGGGGCGGAGUUAGGGCCCAUCCACUGCAGCUCUGACGGCGUUUCUGUAGUCCCUAAAGGAAGGUUGUCUUGGAUGGGCAGUCCUCCAGAGAGCGCCCUGAACCAUGAUAGAGACUCAUCUGUGGAGAACCAGGGGCUGCGUUGGGGGUACCUCUUUGGAGCUACAGGGAGCUCUUCGCAGGAGGGUCGGGCAUCGAGGAAAAAAGCCCCCAAAAGCAGGGCUCCCUCGGGCUGGCUGCACUUGGACAGCUCUGUGUUCUCUCGUGUGGCACAGAGCAUCAGUGCAGGGAGUGAGAAGAGGCCUCAGAACCGAGCCACAGCAGAUGUGACUGCAGAACCCACCCACCCAGCCCCACACCCCUCGCACCCAGCCCCAGGCCAGUCCACCCCCAAAUACGACGCCAUCACCAGUGCUGCUCGUGCCUCACUACCUGUGGUGCGAGCUCUAUGCCACCAUGAGCCCACAGAGCCAGGGCAUCUGAGCUUCCGCCAAGGAGACGUCCUGACGGUGCUGCAUCGGAGCGACCCCGACACGCUGCUUUGCUCGCGGGGAACAUCUCGAGGCCUGGUGUCCAUCGUGUACGUGAGCCUGAGCGUGCCGGAGGACAGCCUACUGCAGAGAGAGACACAGGAGUGGACACAGGACAGCCACGAUCUGAGCGAGACAUGGGGGUGGACAGAGGACAGCAACGACCUGAGCAAGGCACGGGGCUGGACAGAGGACAGCCACGACCAGAGUGGAUAUAAGGUCUAAGCAGGACAUCAGACUAAGUGUGCAGAGGGACUUAAGGGAAGCAUGCCCACUCCUCCAGAAAAGUGGAAACUGUGCAUGUGCGCUCAGCCCCUCCCCUCCUCAGACUGUGUUGCUCCUCUGCCAGAGCCAUAUCCCUCCCCCUCUUUUAAAGGUUCACUAUGUAACUUUUCAGGUGGAGGGUUAUUACUUUUCCUGGGAUGCUCCAGUAUGGCUUUAAAUGUAUCUAGCACAUAGACUGUAUCUAAAUACAGUUUGAUUUGGCAGGAGGCAGGUGCCUAGCAACAGGACAUCUUAGUUGUCAAUCAAAGCUGUUGUUAACCAUGGUUGGAGGAGCUGACCUCAGUGAAAGAAGUUGCCUCUGUUAAUUAAUAUUCACAUUUAGAUUUAUGGACAAAAUAAUGAAAUAAUCCCCAGGAUCAUAUAGAAUGGUUUAAAACCCCCAUUUUAAGACAAAUUGACAACUCUGAGUGACAGUUGUAAAAAGAGAGAACACACUUUUUCUGUAGAAAGUGAAGCCAGACCUCCAAUGAAAUACUUACUUUCCUAGUGACUAGAUAGUGCUUCUACAGAUGAUCUAGUGUUUAUUUCACUACAAGGGGUCACCCCUGCACUGAGCUGACUUUUAAGUCAUCUUGGAGAGACACCACCUGUUUGUCUCUGUAUAGUUGGUUAGAUUAGUUUAAUAACCCCUCCAUACAGAGGAGCUAAAGUUAGACCCUCUACCAGAAAGGUUCCGUAUUGCACCUUUUUAAAAAAGCAGCCAACUUGUGCUUUUAACUACUCUAUAAUGUUUCCUGUCUCUGCUUGAGUAGUAUUCUAAUGAGUGAAUCUGGUUUAAAACAGCUUUUGCGAUGGAAUGGGCCUGAAUACAGAGGAACUCUCAAAAUAGAACAUAACAAAUAAACAGCAUUAUAACAUGGAUAUAAGCAAAAUAGAGCUACUUCAAUAAAGUUCAUGUUUAGCCAUGGUAAAUAUAACUCAAAGAGACACUUGUACAAUACUAGCAUCAUGUGCUCAUGUCUGCAGUGGUGACAUAGCCCACUGGGGGCACUGUGGAGAUACUUGUGUAAAUGCAGUUAAUGUACAAAUAUGUGAGAUAAUUGUGUACAGUGGAUAUUUUUGAAGGUUAAAGGGAAAGUAUAUUCUGAAAUGGGCUUUGAAGUGAACACAGCAGAGGACUGUGUCAACUCGAGUGUGUUUAUAGCAGCAGAAGAGUGAUAAGGCAUAUUAAAGUGCAUAUGACAGGUUUUCAUGUUUUUCUAAUUGUGAUUUGGUUUGGUGAGUAUUACCUGUGCUAAAUAUUUAUCACAGUUUUACAUCAGCGGCUGUGGCAGUUUGUGGAAAAAUGUUUAGAAGAAAAGCAGAAAAAUACAGGAAGAACUACUGUGUAAAAUUAUAAACACCAACAUUUAAAAACUUAAAACUUAAAAAAGUCAAGAUUUUCUUAAAAAUCUUAAAUAUAAUGAUACUAUAUUUGAGUGAAAUAUGCAGUAUAACAUGUCAUAUGCACUUUAAGGAGGUGUGGGCCAUAUGGUUUAAAACAUAAAACAGGUAACUAAAGCUCUCUCCUGUUUCUUCUCUGUGAAUGGUUAUAUCACUUGUCACUCAAGACUGAUCAGUACUCCUAUUGGUUAGCCUCUGAGUGGGUGGGGACCAGGCGUGUAUCUGGGUUUCAACAUAGAGCUUCAUCAAAGCUGCACUAUGUGAUUAUGUGGCUUUACUAGUAAUGGCUCCACUACCUUCUUAUCUUCAUGGAGAUGUGUUUGCUGUGCCUAAAUUGUUCCACAGUAUGGCAUUAAACUUAUCUAGAUCCACAGGGACAAGCAAAGGUAGAGGUCAGAUAUGUGAGGAAAAUCAUAAUACAUGUUUUUCAAGUAUUUUUUGAGCAAAAAAUUGUAAUUGUUGUACACCUGUAGUAAAAUAUGAAAAGAUGGAUAAGUUUAAUGCCAUACUGUGGAACAUUUCAGACAAAGCGGUUACAUCUCCAUGGAGACAAGCAGGUAGCAGACCGCUCUUCAGAAAAGUGACUUAGUGCAACUUUAAACUAAAAUCACUGCCCUGAAUCACUAUAAAAACCUCUCUUAAAGUGCAUUUGACAGAUGAAUAUAUUUUUCAAAUUUUGCCUUGGUUUGGUGGGAUAGUACCUGUGCUCAAUAUGUGUGAUAGUUUGACAUCAGUGAAACGGUAGUUUGUGAAGAAACGUAGAACACAAAAAGUUGUAAAAUACAGGAAUACCAGUAAAUACUACAGAAUCCCAUAAUUUACACAGGAAAUGGAAAGGAAGGCAUUUUUCUGAGAGUUUAAAGACUAAUUUCACAAAAUAAAGGUGUUGUCAUUUGUUUUGUCAAAUCUGCUGUCCGUCUCCAACCAGGAAGUAAAAUUAUAACCUUGACUAAUUAUAAAACUAGAAAAGACUAUGCUUAAAUUUAGUGAUGUCACCAAAGUUUUUGAGAAAUGAGUAGUUAAGCUGUCAUAUGCACUUUAAAUAAUACAUACAUAGAGUCAGUAUGGCCCUCUCCUCUGUGCUGGCCCACUGUUUAGACAGUGUACCAUGUUUUCUGAUUGUUGCACAUUUUGUACAGACUUGUUAUGUGUGGAAUAUCCAAUGUAUGAUUUCUGGUUUCUAACUGGGCGAAUGUACACUCCGUCAAACAAGUGUCUAAAGUAUGAAUUAAAUGUUCGUUUAUAGGAAUAAUAAUAGCAGCGCAGUGACUGAGUGGUUAGCAUUCUCACCUCACAGCCAGAAGGUUCCGGGUUGGACUCCCGGUCUUUCUGUUUUGUUGUGUUGCUCAUGUGUUCAUCACCACUGCUGUGUAAUAAAAGCUUCUGCUCUUA